CCGCAAAGCUUUCUGGGCAUGUUCUCUUUGCCUAAACAAUCAUGGCGACUCAAAUCAGUAAAAAACGGAAGUUUGUCUCUGAUGGGAUCUUUAAGGCUGAACUGAACGAGUUCUUAACUCGCGAGCUUGCAGAAGAUGGCUAUAGUGGUGUUGAAGUACGAGUUACACCCAUAAGAACCGAAAUCAUUAUUUUAGCAACACGAACUCAAAAUAUAUUGGGUGAAAAAGGACGUCGGAUUCGCGAACUCACAUCAGUGGUACAGAAACGAUUCAACUUUCCUGAAGGCACUGUUGAGUUGUAUGCUGAAAAGGUGGCAACUCGUGGACUGAGUGCAAUUACACAAGCAGAAUCUUUGAGAUACAAGUUGCUUGGAGGUUUGGCUGUAAGGAGAGCAUGCUAUGGGGUUCUUCGAUACAUUAUGGAGAGUGGCGCUAAGGGUUGCGAAGUUGUAGUCUCUGGCAAACUACGUGGUCAACGUGCAAAAUCUAUGAAAUUUGUAGAUGGCUUGAUGAUCCAUAGCGGUGAACCUACAAAGACAUAUGUUGAUACUGCUGUCAGACAUGUGUACCUAAGACAAGGUGUUCUUGGUAUCAAAGUGAAGAUCAUGCUGCCAUGGGAUGUGACUGGCAAAAACGGGCCAAAGAAACCACUGCCUGAUCAAGUCAGCAUUGUUGAGCCCAAGGAAGAAGUAAACCCAGCAACUCCGAGUUCAGAACACAAGGGCGGCAAGCCUGAUCAACCUGCACCAAUGGCUACAUAGGUCUACGUUUUCAUGUACCGGUGAAUGCAGUGUAAAAUUUAUGAAAAAUAAAUAAUAAAGAACAGAAAA